UGAAAAUAAUUGCUGUUUGCCAUGUCUUCUGCUUAGUGGCUAUGGUGGACGCCUGUCCUUUCAUUGUAAAUGUCAUUAUCUUGCCAAAGCAGAGAAGAAAAGAGGUGGCAUUUCAAUGAGUGGGGCAGGUGCAUUUGCUCGGAAUCUCAUGAAUAGUCGCUUCCCAUUAGCCAUGCACGUCUCUGAAGCGUGCAUAAAAAAUAGCUGGCAGUGCUUACACAGAAAAGCGCACCUUAGGGCUUCUACCCCUCCUCCUCCAUCUCUGUUUGGUCCUUUCUCCUUCUCUCUUAUGGGUUCUCUCCUUUCUUCUUUGGCGACGACACACACGACUACUUAACUGGAGGCGAUGAACUAUUAAGAAGCAGGCGGUUUCUUUUUCCAAUGCUUUUUCGAGAAUAAGAUGUUCUGUUUCAUGACAAAAAAUUGACAUGUUUUCCGCUUGGAUGUCCCGUAUUUGUAAUCCUGUGCGUCGCAGAACAAAUCUGCUGGAGAGGUCUUUUCCUGUUGAGACACAAGGAGCAUAGACACAAGCCUGCAUCAAAGCGGCACCUUCUAUAAUUGCAAAGACAUAAGACAAAUUGAGUAGACGUAUACGAAACCACGUUAAAUCGCUUUGAGGGUUUUUUUUUUUGUUUUUUGGGGAAGUCUGGUCGUUUGCAGCUUUUGCCUGGAAGUUGCCUGAACUGGAGAGACAGAAGUAAUGGGAUACCCAGUCGGAGGAUGGAGAAGAUGCUCGCUCCUGUUUUGGAUCGCUGCUGUCAGCUUGGUGCUGUGUGACGGACGGAGACUGAGGCAGCCCAGAUGCCCCUCGGGAUGCACUUGCACUAAAGACAAUGCUCUUUGUGAGAAUGUCCGAUCCGUGCCCCACACUUUCCCGUCCGACGUCGUCUCACUAUCUUUUGUCAAGUCGGGAUUUAAUGAAAUCCCAGGAGGGAGCUUUGUUCACACACCUCACCUUCAGCUACUAUUGUUCACAGCAAACUCAUUUGAUUUAAUUGACGAAGAUGCAUUCCAAGGUUUACCACAUCUGGAAUAUUUAUUCAUUGAAAACAACAGAAUUGCAUCAAUAUCACCCAAUGCUUUCAGAGGCCUGAAGACAUUGAUACAUCUGAGUCUGGCUUACAACAACCUUGAGACACUGCCCAAAGAUGUUUUCAAGGGCAUGGAUGCUUUGACCAAAGUGGAUCUGCGAGGGAACAAUCUGAUUUGUGACUGCAAGCUGAAGUGGCUGGUGGAGUGGAUGCAUCACACCAAUGCCACCCUGGACCAGAUCCACUGCAGCGGCCCACCCAUUCAGCAGGGGAGGAAGAUUAAUGACCUAAUGCCGGAUCACUUUGACUGCCUCACCGCAGAGUUUGCUUCCUAUCAACUGCUGAAGUUUGAGUCGAUUUCUGUGGAGGCGUUCACCUUUGAUACGGAGCAGUAUGUGGUGUUUGCCCAGCCCUUUGCCGGGACAUGUAGCUUCCUGGAAUGGGAUCAUGUUGAGAUGACCUUCAGAACUUAUGACACCAUUGAAAGCACCUCCACUGUUGUCUGCAAGCCCAUGGUGAUUGACAACCACCUCUUUGUCAUCGUGGCCCAGUUGUUUGGAGGCUCACAUAUAUAUAAACGUGACUCCUCUGCCAGCAAGUUUAUCAAGAUCCAGGACAUUGAUAUACUGAAGAUUCGCAAGCCCAAUGACAUUGAGACAUUUCUGAUAGACGGAGAGUCUUUUUUCGUCAUCGCUGACAGCUCAAAGGCUGGCUCUACAACUGUGUACAAAUGGAACGGCAAUGGCUUCUAUUCCCACCAAUCCCUCCAUCCAUGGUACAGGGACACAGAUGUAGAAUAUCUGGAAAUCUCCAACAAACCCCACCUGAUUUUGUCCAGCAGCUCCCAGAGACCUGUUGUGUACCAGUGGAACAGAAGCCAGAAGCAGUUUGACCGCAGGACUGAUAUACCAGACAUGGAGGACGUCUUCUCUGUCAAACACUUCCGGGUAAAAGGUGACCUGUUCAUAUGCUUGACAAGAUUCAUCGGGGACUCCAGGGUGAUGCGCUGGGAUGGUGCCAUGUUCACGGAGGUCCAGGCAUUUCCCUCCCGUGGUUCCAUGGUGUUCCAGCCUGUCUCUGUCGGCAACUGGCAGUAUGCCAUCUUGGGCAGCGAUUAUUCACUGACACAGGUUUAUCAAUGGGACACUAAGAGGGGCCAGUUUAUCCCAUCCCAAGAGCUGAGUAUCCAGGCGCCUCGGGGGUUCUCCGUGGUCUCUGUUGACAACAGAGUCUUCCUGCUUGCAUCCAGUUUCAAGGGAAAAACUCAGAUAUAUGAGCACCUCAUGAUCGAUUUAAGUAACUAAACACUGUUUGUGUUUGUAAAAGAAAAAUAGGCUUAUAAUUUGUUUUUGUUAAAUUUGUUGUUUUAAAUCCAGCAAACUGACUCUACCGUAACUCAAACAAAAUGAAGGGUCGACUAAAACGAAAAAACAACAACAUAUUUUAAGAAUACAAGGACAUAAAUUCAAAUAAGGACUUAUUUAGUUACAGCCACAAAUUAAAUGAAGUGGUCUGAAUGAUGGUGCAUUUUCCAUUUUCCAUAUAUAUAUAUAUAUAUAUAUAUAUAUAUAUACAUAUGGCAGCUUUUCAAAACAAAAGUCUUUACAUUAAUGCUAUAAAUAAUAGCAAUAAUGUAAAGACAUUAUUGAUAUUAGAAUAAUGUCUUUACAUUUAUUUACCAGGAUGUAUUUAGUCCUUAU